AUGAGUGAACGAGCACCUCCUUCUCCGACUGCCUCUACAACAUCAUCACAGGCAGCAUCCUCGAACAAGGAUCAACAACCAACAUCGGCAAAAGAAGCAUCAAAAGCUGAAUUGAGAAAUACGAAGUUAAAAUUCAAACAGGAAGAAGCAGAAAAGAAAAAAGCAUUGGAAGUCAUUGAAAACUCACGAUUAUUCCGAAGUAGAAGAACAAUUAACAUCAUCAGAAGCAUUCCACAAAAUUGGAAGGAGCGAACAUGGAGACAAAAAUUAUAUCUUAUACUGGAGCAUCCACGAUCGUCGUAUGUUGCCAUGAUCGUUACCAUUAUAACGUCCUUACUAACGGUUAUUCAAACUUUAUGUUUGGUGCUGAGAUCAUUUCCAUUUUUCUUUCCUUUUGAAGUCAUGUGGCUCUCAAUUACUGGUUUUUUAUCCUUGUGCUUUAUGACUGAAUACUUUUUAAGAAUGGCAGCAUAUGUGAGAACUUGGGGAGAUUUUAGACAUUUCGUUAAAGCACCAGCUAAUUUAAUUGACGCUGCCAGUUUUGUACCAUUCUAUUUUGAUUUAAUAAUUUAUUUGAGUGACAGUAGCUCAUGGGUUAAUAUCAAUUUACAAGUAUUGACUGUAUUUAGAGUAUUGAAAUUAUUGAGGUUAAUCAAAUUGACAAGAUAUUCAGCAAAAUUCCAGUUACUGAUUGUUUCUUUGAGAAGAUCAUUGGAUAUGCUACUAUCUCUUGCUGUUCUUGUCUUUAUGGGUGCUUUGAUAUGUAGCACAUUGGUAUAUUAUGCAGAACGUGGAAAAUAUGAUCUCAAAUCUGGACAAUGGCUUCGACCAGAUGGAACAUCGUCACCCUUUUCUAAUAUUCUCGUUUGUAUGUGGUACAGUAUUGUUACAAUUGCCACAGUAGGAUAUGGUGACAUGGCUCCAAUUACGCCACUUGGAAGAAUUAUUGCCAUUUUCACAAUUUUGUCAGGUGUAAUUAUUGUUGCCUUACCCUCAAUGGUUGUUGGAGGCAUUUACAGCAAGUUGUUGGGAGAGUACGAACUAAUGGUGAGCAAGAGAAAGUUGGAAGGAGACAACAACAUUGAGGAUGAGGAAUUUGAUGUCAUUGACAAUUUGAUGAUGGCCAAUGGAGAUUCAUCAAACGAUACUAACAAUAACAAUGAGACAGAAUUAUUGACAUUUGAUGAACAUCCAAUUCAACAACAACCAGCUACAACAUCAUCCACAACGACAAAUUCAGAUACAACAGUUGUGGACUUUACAAGCAAUAGUGGUGGUACUUCAUUUCACAAUACUGCUCCUUUCCUCUCUUCAUUCAACCCGUUCAUUCAUGACACUCGUGAUUUAUCUAUUGCUGCAGUUAUGGACAGACAAGACAGUAUUAUCAAGUCAUGCGCCAAACAGCUGAACGAAAUGAAGAGAUUGGCUCAAGAGGUGAAGAACAAGAGAUCCCAAUAA